UACCUUCCCCAUGCACAGGUAACGCGUCUCCAAGCGCGCGCUCACAGCUCCACACGCACAAACACGCACUCUGCUUACUGUUAACAUUAUCAUCAUUAUCAUUAUCACGAUACGUGAUCAUGUCGCGCGGGGUAAGAGCAUCGUCUGUGGGUGCAGAAGCGCGGUUGGGUCGUGCGCGCAGCCCCAUGCGUUUUGGUACUGGAGGCGCAAUGCAUCCCGGAGAGGAUAAAGAGACCAUGCGCGGGUUGAACGAGCGUCUGGCGGGUUACCUGGGCCAGGUGAGACUGCUGGAGGAAGCCAACAGCAAUCUGGAGACGCAGAUAAAUGAAGUUUUAACGGAGAGACGCGCAGCCGGACAAAGAGACUGGAGCGGCUACGACAAAACUCUCUCCACUCUGAGAGACCAGGUGAAAGAAAUGACACUGGAUAACGCUCGCCUCAUGCUACAGAUUGAUAAUGCCAGACUGGCUGCUGAUGACUUUAAAGUCAAGCUCGAGGCAGAGGUUGUUGUUCGCCAGGGAGUUGAACAGGACACCAUCAACCUCCGAAAGAUGAUCGACGACACACACAUGAGCAGUAUGCAGCUGGAGAGCGAGGUGGAGUCUCUGACCGAGGAGCUGAUUUACCUGAAAAAGAAUCAUGAAGAGGACCUUGCGAACGUGAAAGGUCAGAUCAGAGACGCCAACGUGGAUGUGCAGAUGGACGCGGUGAAGGGCCAAGACAUCAGCGAGACCAUGGAGAAAAUCCGAAAGCAAUAUGAAAAAGCAGCACAGAAGAGUCAAGAGGAGACUGAAGCCUGGUUCCAAAACAAGUUUGAAAGCAUCUCAUCUGAGGUGAGGAGGAACACUGAUGCUCUCCAGCAGGGACAGAGUGAACUGAAUGACCUGCGCAGACAGAAACAAGGGCUGGAGAUUGACCUCCAGACCAUGCACAGCAUGAACCGCUCUCUAGAAGACACGUUGAACGAAACGACGGGACGUAACUCCCAAAACAUAAACAGUCACAACAUGGUUAUCCAGCAGCUGGAGGCGGAGCUUGCCGAUGUUCAUGCCCAGGUGACAAGGCACGGGGCGGAGUAUCAGGCUCUGCUUAACAUCAAGAGUAAACUAGAGGAAGAAAUCGCCACCUAUCACAGUCUUCUGGAAGGCACAGGGCCGCCCUCCAAUGGGGUCACCGAUCCCGAUCCUGGAUUUUCUGCAAAUUAUGAUUUUAAAGGCAUAAGAGCACGAGACGAUGUUAACAUCAAGAAUGUCGGCCCACCAGAAGAUGCUAAUGUCAAAGAUAAUGGUGCGUUUGAAGACCCUAAUAUUGAAGGCAGCGGUUUGGGUGGAUCUGAUGAAAGUGUGGAGUUUUCAUUAGAACAAGCUCUAUGUGCUGCACCCUGUUUCAUACCUCCUGAACCCCCAGUCAAUAAUGAGAUUGUGGAAGAAGAGAUUGUCAUUCAGAAGGAUAUGGAGCUGAACGCUGCCAACACUGCCAUGAACGAGCAUUACGCUCACAAAGAAGCUGGACAAGGAACGGAAGAAGAUCCAGUCAUCCUAAAGGAAAUGGAGAAGAAGGAUGAUGAUGAUGAGGAGGAGGAGGAUACAGUGAGCCCACUGGAGGACCCUGUAGCUGAGAAGAAUGAGAAGGAGAUGAUGAGUCCUGUGGUGGAUAUUCAGAUGGAGAAGGUGCUGGAGGUAGUGGGUCUUGUGGAGAAGGUGGAGGAGACCUCAAGCUCUGUGCAGAACACACAGAUGGAGAAAGUGGAGGAGAGAGCAAGUCUGAAGGAUACACAGGGGGAGGUGGUGGAGGAGACAGCGAGUCUGAAGGAGGAAACACAGGGGGAGGUGGAGGAGGAGAAAGCUAGUCCUGUGGAGGACACUCAACCCGAGGAGGAGGUGGAGUUAAAACCUGCUGUGGAGAACAUUAAUCCAGAGGAGGAGAAACACGAAGGGGAGGAGCCUGAGAACCCAGAGGCAGAGCCUUUAAUCAAAGAGUGAUGUUUCCACAGCUGUGUUGCACAACGUCCUCAGCAUAGAAUUACUGCCUAAAUCCCUUUCUUUUGAUAGUUCUCUUCGUCUCUGUUGUGCUUGUCUGCCUGCUGUCUUUAUGUUCAACAAUAAAAGAAGUGUGACCUCUGAA